AUGAACCAACAAAAACAGGGCCAGUGGCAGCCUCAGGCCCAGCCCAUCUAUAACCAGCAACAGCAGCAACAGCAACAGCAGCAAGGAUACGCACCCCAGAGACCCCUCCACCCCUCCGUCUCCGCCUCUCCUUCUUCGCUCUCUGCUGGCGGCCGCUCCAACUCGCCCCAACCCUCCUCGCCCAUCAGUCCGAGUAUGCACAUCAACACUUCCAAGGUCGGCGGAUCUCCAGCCUCUCAGCAGCGAUCCAACCCUUCCUCGCCUGCUGUCGGAUCAGCUGGCAACGCCAUGGAGAUUGCAGCCAGACACUACGAAUCCCUCCAGCAGUAUCUUCUUGCCCAUAUCUUGAAAGAAAAACAUGGUGUGAGCGAGCAAAGGAUCGCUGCCAGAGAAAAACUGUCUAGGUUGCAGCAAAACCAGCUUCAGGAUCUUUCGACCGAUGUCUACGAUGAACUGAAGCGACGAACCGACGGUGCCCAAGUUCCUUUCCUGGCUGUGCAGAAUGACUUCCAUCCAAAGCGCAACCAAGCCCGUCAGAAGCUGGCCACUCUUCCUCAAAAUCGCUUCAAGGACCUGGCCAGUGAUGUUUAUGUCCAACUGGAGCGUCAAUUCCCCACUUUGCUCGAGAUGUUCCCACUGAAAGCCCUAGAGGAGAAAGAGUUUCUCUCCCAGUCACCCGCACCAGCGCCGCAGCUUGUCCAACAGGAGCGUGAAGCCCCCACUCCGGCUGUUCAACAGUCAAGCGUCGUUCCCAACAUGGCAACAUUCACCAUUCAGGACAGCUCGAACGUGGAGGAGGAGACAUAUUACCGCUCGCCCGGUCAGCAGGCUCCAGCAUCACCCACAGCUCUGGAAGGAAACGUAAAUUUUGCCAGUUUGGACAGUUUGAUGACCGAUAUUGGUCAUAUUGUUGGCAAGGAUGGCUCAGAUGCCAGCAAGUCGGCCUCCGUUGGAGGAAACAACAAGAUUUCGGACAAGAAGGCGGAUGCCAAUGAGCUCAUGAGACUUCCCAAGGACCAGGAGCCAAGAAGCCCUUUGAACGGCCUCGGCAUUGAUUCAGGUUCGCAAUUGACUGACCACAUGAAACAGGAGUACGAGACCCGUAUCUCGGCUCUUUGUAAGAGACUGCAACAUCUCGAGAGCGAGGUCGGUGAGGGGGCGAAUCGCCCAGAAGGCUCGCGUCUCUCCCAGGUCGAGCGCCAGUUGGCUAAGCAGACAGAGCUGUACAAUGAGCAGGCUUCCCAAGUUACCAAGCUGCAGCUGGAUUACAACAAAGUCUUCAACGACUACCACGCACAGCUUGAGACUGUGGAUAUGGUGAACCAGGAAGUCAAGUCAUUGGUCAUGGACAACAAGAAUUUGAAGCAGCGUCAUCUGGAUGCAGAGGAGGAGCUUCAGCUCGCCUACAACAGGAUCAAACAGCUUGAGGACGAGAACAGCGAUUUGAAGGGCGAUUUGGAGGAUGCUCUUCACCGCGAAAAGGUGGCCAAGGAGGAAGCUGGAGCCCGUGCUGUUGUCCGGGAAAACACUCUCAGUGCAGCAACUCCCGUGCCCCCAACCAACGCCAUAAACAUCAACACCAUGGACCAUAUGAGCAGUCAUCACGAUGCUCCACGCUCCGAUGACGUGGAUCUGGACACUAAAAACCGUGAUGAUGAUGAUGAUGAUGACGAUGACUGGAACCAGGGCCGUCAGCAGGUUAGAGACAGCAUCCUUGUGAACCCCAACUCAAUCGUUCAUCAGGACAGUCUGGCCACUUUCCGUAAUGCCGUUGAUGACUUGCUGUCCGCUGGAAGGUCCGAUUCGUCAUCUUCGGUUCUUCUGGGCAUGAAGUCUGUCGUUAUUGCCUGCAAGACUGUGACGGAGGAUGUCGAAGACUAUGAACACGAGACGAACGAUAAACACAUCUUUGCGGAUUUGAAGCAGGAGCUCUCGUCAGGAUUGACACAGCUGAUGAAUUCCGCCAAGGCCCACUCGAACGCCUUUGACGAGGAUGAGGAUGAGUUUGAUCGGUCAUUGAAUGAUUUGGAGGCCGCAGCGGAUCAGUUGGAGGCCAUCGUGAUGGAUAUUGUGAACGUGCCCAAGCACAACGGUGGUCCCAUCAAGGAGAACGGACACCACGGCCGGGAUCAUCACGACGACGAUAUUCAGCACAAUAAUGGAAUGAGCAACCAUGACGGACACCACGGUGAACCUAACGGCAAUGCCCCCGCUCAUAACGGCAACAGCAACAACAACAAUAAUAACAACAACAACGAUGGCGGCCCUAUGGAUUCGCAAGACUUGAAGAUUUAUCUUGAGACACAAACCGGGUUGAUUGUGUCGUCGAUUCAGAUCCUGUUAAGGUCACUUCGAUCCAGCUCGGACUCUGAGGGCAUUAGCGACGCUUCGGACGAUAUCACCAAGGUGGUUGACCAGGUGAUCCGGCAGACACGGAUGACACUGGCGACCCCCAAUUUGGUUUCUGCACCACAGGCAACGGAGCUGCGUUCGCAGGGAGAGAUGGUUCUUGAGGAUUUGGAGAACUCUGUUGAUCUCUUGAUUGAGAUCAAGGAGCAGCUCGAAGCCGAGCCUGACUUGGCCCACUCGUCCUCUGCAGAGGCCAAGUCGUUAAAACAAAAGAUGGCCAGCGCCAGUUUCGACAUUGCCAAAUAUGCCAAGGAGCUCGUCAGUCUCAUCGAAGACUAG